CGUAAUCGUGGCAGCUGAAGUUGAUUAGGAUUUGACUUUGGGAGGUGGGAUUGGGCUGCUGCACUCAGAGCAUGAUCUUGAGAUAGCUAGAUUAAGGACAUCUGCUCUGACUGACGUCUCCGAACCAGGAGUAAAACAAGCCCAACCUUCUGAAGUCUAAGCUGCUGGCUCUUAUUUGCACACAUGCUGACUCCAAUGAUUUUUGGCCAUGUUGAACCUUCUAGCACUGCGAAAGUUUAAAAGCUCUUUGUUCCUGAAGUUUCAUACACAACAUUUGUUUUUCUUGUUUCGCAGCAGGGUCAGGAUGACAGAAAACGACGUAGAUAACGAGCUGUUGGACUAUGAAGAUGAUGAGGUGGAGGUCGGAGGGGUUGGAGAUGUUGGAGGUGCAAGUGACAUGUCGAUAAGGAAGGAGGGGGUGAAGGGCUCCUAUGUGUCCAUUCACUCCUCUGGUUUCAGAGACUUUCUACUGAAACCUGAACUGCUGAGAGCCAUAGUGGAUUGUGGGUUUGAACAUCCGUCUGAGGUUCAGCAUGAAUGCAUCCCUCAGGCAAUCCUGGGUAUGGAUGUGCUCUGUCAGGCCAAGUCUGGGAUGGGGAAGACAGCAGUGUUUGUUCUUGCCACUCUGCAGCAGCUAGAGCCCAUCACCGGUCAGGUCUCUGUCCUGGUGAUGUGCCAUACCAGAGAGCUGGCGUUUCAGAUCAGCAAGGAAUAUGAGAGAUUUUCAGAGUACAUGCCCACUGUUAAGGUGGCAGUGUUCUUUGGAGGGCUGUCCAUAAAGAAGGAUGAAGAGGAGCUGAAGAAAAACUCUCCUCAUAUUGUGGUGGGAACACCAGGCAGAAUCCUGGCACUGACGCGCAGCAAGACGCUCAAUUUGCGUCACAUCAAACAUUUCAUCCUGGAUGAGUGUGACAAGAUGCUCGAGCAGCUUG